AUGCAGGCUGCUCUCUCUCGAUUAAGCCGCCUUUCUGCUGUCGGCGCCACAGGCGUUUUCACCGUCAGCCAAUGUCUUUACAAUGUCGAUGGAGGAGAACGAGCAGUCAUGUUUGACCAACUAAGAGGCGGUGUGCGUCCAGAUGUCAGCGGAGAGGGAACCCACUUUUUGAUCCCAGGCAUCCAGCGUCCUAUCAUUUUUGAUGUUCGUACCAAGCCAAGAGAAAUUCCUUCUGUUACUGGUACCAAGGAUCUGCAGAUGGUUAACAUCAAGUUGCGGGUUCUAUGGCGCCCCAUGAUUGAUGAACUUCCCAAGUUGUACCGAGAGCUUGGAACUGAUUUUGAUGAGAGAGUCUUGCCUUCCAUUGGAAAUGAAGUCCUCAAGAGUGUUGUCGCACAGUACAACGCCGAAGAACUUCUCAGCAAACGCGCGGAAGUCUCGGCAAGAAUCAAAAGCGAAAUGAUCAAGCGUGCCAAAACCUUUCACUUGGAAUUCGAUGAUGUUGCCAUCACUCACCUUACUUUUGGUAGAGAGUUCAUGAACGCCAUUGAAGCUAAGCAAGUGGCCUCUCAGGAGGCAGAACGUCAACAAUGGGUUGUCAAGCGAGCGGAGCAGGAACGAAUGGCGGUGGUAACAAGAGCGGAAGGAGAAGCUGAGGCAGCCUCCAUUAUUACCAAAGCCAUGGAAAAGACAGGAAAUGCGAUUGUUGAAGUGCGCCGCAUUGAUGCUGCAAAGGAAAUCGCGGGAAAGUUGGCCAACAGUCGAAACAUUGUAUACCUUCCCAACACUUCUGGAUCGGGAAAUGGCAAUGGAGGUGGUGCCAACUUGCUUCUAGGAUUAGACAAGUAA